UGUACGCGUACUGAUGAUUCCAUCCUCAAAAAUACAGCAUUGAUUACAGUUUUAGUUUAUAAAGUAGUUUAAAUUAUCAAUGUGUUCGUUUUUGACUGCUAACGUUUUGAGAUUUGAUUCUUAAAACUUUUGAUAGCGUUUAGUUUGGUAACUAAUGGCAUUACUGUAUGUUGUGGUGAGUGGAGUCGUUCUCGCUGCUGUAGUAUUAAUAACGUUCAUUUUACGAUUAUUUGGGAUUUUACGACAUGCAUCUGAAUAUAAACCAGGACAGAAGGGUUCUGUGUCACUGCUGGUGGUUGCAGGAUCAGGAGGACACACAACAGAAAUUGUCCGUUUGAUGGGGAGUUUAUCUCAGUCUUAUAACCCUCGACACUAUGUGAUCGCAGACACCGAUAAAAUGAGUGAAGAGAAGAUCCGAACAUUUGAAGCAGAGCAGGAGAAAAGCGGUUCACCCUCUCAGUUCACUAUUCACCGGAUUCCUCGCAGUCGGGAGGUGCGUCAGUCGUGGAGUUCCUCUGUUUUGAGUUCCCUCAGCACUCUGAUUUCGUCCGUCCCGCUGGUCUUUAGGCUUCAGCCGGAUAUAGUGCUGUGUAAUGGUCCAGGGACGUGCGUCCCACUGUGUGCCGCUGGGCUGCUCCUGGGUGUCCUGGGACUAAAAAGAGUCUUGAUCGUCUAUGUGGAAAGCAUCUGUCGUGUGGAGACACUGUCUCUAUCCGGGAAGAUCCUCUAUUACUUUUCUGACUACUUCUUUGUGCAGUGGACAUCACUGAAAGACAAAUACCCGAAGGCCAUCUACUUAGGGAGACUAGUGUGAGGAGAACAUAUACAGAAAUCCUUUUCUAUAGACUUUUUUAUGUCUGUAAGAUGUCGUUUUUGUAUUGAGAAUUCCAUGCAUUUUGAUACCGUUCUUCACAUUCGAUUCAUUCCUAUGCAGUUACUGACGUGCUAAAUAGGUUGAUGAACGUCACGAUAGGCUGAUGAAAUGUGCUGUUCUACACACCUGCUCUACCUUUUACCCGUCUGAAAGUCAACAAAACUAAAACGAGAGACGUUUUUACACAUGCAGGUGCUUCUAAUUGCAUUCAUAGUUUCAGUGUUUUUUCAUGCACCACUGUAUGAAAAACAAUAUUUGUCUUUUGAGCAAAGGUUUGUCCAUUUCAAGGUUAUAUUGUCAGUCAGUUAAACGGAAGACCUCAUUCUUAUGUGUGAAUACAUUUUUCCUCCGCAUUCCUGUGAAAUAUUUUCCAGCUCACUACGCAUUUCAGCACUACUUCAUUGUCUUCCUGUGCUGGUAUGUGGUUCUAGAGGAAAUGGUGUGAAUUAUAGACUAAACAGAGAGAAAAGCUGGAAAAGCUGCGAUUCUCAGCUGUAGUUUUUUUAUUUUAUGGGCCUGUAAUUUCCAGUUUGUCUUGUUUUUUAGAGAUGAGACGGCACUCUAAUACCUGUAGCAUGAGGUAGAACAUAACCUGAUGGUUGCUUUUGUCUCACAGAACAAGCUCAUACAGGUAUAGUCAUUUACUUCUCAGCAUAAAGUUCUGCGACUGUGACGUUUCUGAACAGCUGCAAAUAGAUGAUCCCAUCAGACAUGUCUGGAAGGUAUGUGAUGUCAUGUAUAAUUUGGUUAUUAUGAGCAUAGAUUGCAACAGUAGCAUUGCAGAAAUAAAAAUCCCUUUCAUUUUAUCCACAAAGAAAUUUAUUUUUUUAAAGGAAUA